ACCACGAGGUUCUGAACAAAAUGGUUCUCUUUGUGUUGUACGAGCAUGCCUCUGGCUAUGCAGUAUUCAAAGUCAUCGCGCAGGAAGAAAUCGGAGUCCUUUUACCCGAAGUACAAGAGUCUGCUACUGAUCUUUCUCGAUUCGGAAAAUUAGUGAAACUUGCUGCGUUUUCGCCCUUUAAAUCGGGAACUAAUGCACUGGAUAACAUCAACUGUAUAUCUGAAGGUAUUAUCCAUGAUGACCUCAAAACAUUUUUGGAGGCAAAUGUUCCAACUGGGAAAAAGAAGAGUAAAGUUCUUCUUGGCGUUUCGGAUGCCAAACUUGGGGCAGCUAUUCAGGAGACUGUAAACAUCCAGUGUGAGUCUGGUGGAUUGGUGUUAGAGGUCCUCAGAGGAAUAAGAUUUCAUUUUGAGAAGAUGAUCAAGGGAUUGACUGGUCCAAUGGCUGCCAAGGCACAGCUGGGUUUGGGCCACAGUUACUCUAGAGCAAAAGUAAAGUUUAAUGUUCAUCGUGUAGACAACAUGAUCAUCCAGUCCAUUAGUUUGUUGGAUCAGUUGGAUAAAGACAUCAAUACCUUCUCCAUGAGAAUCAGAGAAUGGUAUUCAUACCAUUUCCCAGAGCUUGUCAAGAUAGUCUCUGACAAUUACAUGUAUGCAAAAGCAGCUCAAUACAUCAAGUCUAGAAAGGAUUUCUCUGAAGACAAGCUGGAAGGGUUGGAAGAAAUUGUGAUGGACUCAGCAAAAGCCAAAGCAAUUUAUGAUGCUUCCAAAUCAUCAAUGGGGAUGGAUAUAUCUCCAGUGGACUUGAUAAAUAUCCAGACCUUUGCAUCGAGAGUGAUCAGUCUGGCAGAAUACAGGAAGAGUCUCCAUACUUAUUUGGUUUCUAAAAUGAAUCAAGUGGCACCCAAUCUUUCUGCCCUCAUUGGAGAGCAGGUUGGAGCUCGGUUGAUCUCUCAUGCUGGAAGCUUGACAAACCUGGCAAAGUAUCCUGCAUCCACAGUUCAGAUCCUUGGAGCUGAGAAAGCUUUAUUCAGAGCACUGAAGAAAAAGGGAAACACACCAAAGUAUGGACUUAUCUUCCAUUCAUCUUUUAUUGGCCGUGCUGGGGUGAAGAACAAGGGUCGGAUAUCAAGGUACUUGGCAAAUAAGUGCUCCAUUGCCUCAAGGAUUGACUGCUUUGCAGAAACACAGUCCAGUGUGUUUGGUCAGAAGUUACACGACCAAGUGGAGGAUCGACUGAAAUUCUACGAAACAGGAGAGGCUCCAAGGAAGAAUAUUGAAGUUAUGAAAGAGGCUAUAGCAGAGUUUGUGGAAACGAGCAAUGCGGCCGAUGACGAAUCGACUGAGAAAAAGAAAAAGAAGAAGAAAAAGAAGGAGAAAAAACAGAAGGAUGAAGCUGUUGAGGAAGAAGAGCAAGCGGCUUUGGAUACGUCCGCUGCUUCAGAAAAUGGGCACGAUGAGGGGAGCAAAAAGAAGAAGAGAAAAAACAGACAAGAUGAAGCUGUUGAAGAAGAAGAGCAAGCGGCUGUGGAUACGUCCGCUGCUUCAGAAAAUGGGCACGACGAGGGAAGCAAAAAGAAAAAGAAGAAAAAGGAGAAAGGAGAGAAGAGAAAGGCAGAGGAAGAAGAAGAGGAAGUCGUGCCUGUCAUUAGCCAAGAAUCAAGUGAGCCGAAGAAAAAGAAGAAAAAGAAAAAAAGAACUGACGAAGAAUAAUGUGCCACUGAUUUAGCUUACACCUCCUGUCCAGCACAACUACUGCAUUGAGGCCAGACACUUCAUGGUCUGAGACAAAAUGUUUUUAUAAUUGAAGUCAGUUGUUUUAAAUGAAAUAAGUAAUGUAUGUCGUUUCUUACCAGUAAUAGAAGAGAAAGAAUUCGUUUGCCUGGUAUGCUCUUAAUUAAACUUAUCUUUUUUCGUUC